AUGUCUGGCUACGGCAACUAUCAAGGCGGGGGUGGGUACAAUGGAGGCGGGUAUGGCGGAGGAGGUGGCGGCGGCUACGGCGGCGAUGGCUACGGUCGAGGAGGUUACGGACGAGGAGGGUAUGGCGGGGGAAGGAAGCGAAACCGCGACGACGACCAGGGCGGCGGACAGAACUACCGUCGCCGCCAGAACGAGCGAGGCGACUACCAAUCUUCGCCCAGGCGCGGUGGGUCCGGCGGCGGGUACGGCGGGGGCGGAGGAGGCAUGGCCAUAAGCUACGACAGGCUGCCGAGCUUGGAGACGCAAAAGAACCGCUUCAAGGAGGACCUGUGGAAGCUGGGAGACAACCCAAAUUACGACCCAGCGAUAGACAUUCCUUCGACCGCGCAAUCUGUCGAGACGUGGUUCUUCCGUGACCGCUCGCACGUCUUCUUCACCUUCCGCGCAGCCGUCUCGGAGAUGCCGCACAAGCUCCCUCACUAUGCCGCGCUUCUCGCCCGCCUCUCGCUCAAGUCGAUGGAACCUCCCGUUUCUCUCGCCGCCCGCAUCUCCGCCAACCCAACUCCAGCUUCGUGGCCACCUCCUCCUACCGACGCGUCUCCCCUUGCUCCCGGUCUGCCGGCCAAGCCAGUUGUCGACGGCGAAGACGCUCAGAUGGCCGGGGAGGAUUCGACUGAUGGAGCGAAGGUAGAGAACAGCGAAGAGAAGAAGGAAGUCGAGAAGGUGAAUGUCGGAAAGGAGAUCGUGCAGGACCUGAUGAAGGCGUUCCAGGCGUUCCUCGACGAGCGCAAGUGGAAGAGCGUGCGGUACUGCGUUACGCUCUUUUCGUACCUCACCACUAUGCCGCCCGCAUCGCCCGUCAUCUCGGCGUCGUCCCUCGUCAACCUCCUGGCCUCGUUCAUCUCGGUACUGGACGAGCCCGGUCUUCGCGCUGCUCGCGGCGACGAAUGCGUUCGCAUCAUCGUCGAGGCGCUCCUCCGUUUCGACGAGAAUGCUCUUGCCGAGCCGGGUGUCGACACGCUGCGCGAUGGGGUGCAGAGCUACCUGUCUUCGCGGAGGAUCGAGAAGGACUUGUUCGCGGACGAGGCGACCAAGGUGCAGUGGCAAGACCCUCUCGAGCAGCUCGUUACCGCGCUAUCCUCGGCCUCCUCUUCCGACGCCGACGGCAUCUUCCCUGUCUACUCGAUCCUCCCCGACGUCUACGCCUCCCUCACGCUCGCGCCAGCCGAGGAAGACGAGACUCGUGCACAAGCCGGCGACGACUCGCUCACACUCCCUCUCGUGCUCGUUCCGCCCGAGUCAGACGACAGCGAUAUCACUAUCGGUGCAGCGGUCGGCCUCGAGCAUGCCCUCCCGCCAGCGCCUAUCACCGCCGGUCUCAGGGGCGACGAGGGUGUCGGUUACGAGGGAACGAGGCUGACUCUGCGGCUCUUCGAUGACGAGAGCGUCCCGUCCGACUAUGACCCUGCGGGCAUCGUUGUUCGCUCGCUCAUUGCGGAUGUCAUCUCGCUGUACGAGACGAACCGCAAGGAGGCUGCGACAAUUCUGCUUGAGCUCCCCAAGUGGUUCAAGAAGGGCACCUUCCGCGUCAACAAGCCAGCAAGGCGGCCCGACGACGACCAGGACAUGCCUGAGGAGGAGGCGCCGGAGGGUCCCAACUGGUCGCUUGAGAAUUUGAUCGUUGAGUCUAUCUUGACCUCGGUCCUCUCGCUUCCCGCGCCGCCGCUCACGGCGAUGUACUACUACUCCGUCCUAACCGAGCUGUGCCGCAUCUCGCCUCAGACGGUCGCGCCCAGUCUCGGCAAGUCGAUACGCAAGUUGUACGCCGCCCUCGGCACCGACCGCGAUGGGAGCGAGGAGUCGGUUGGCCCGGUCCUGGACGCGGAAGGUGUCCGUCGUCUCGCCGACUGGUUUUCGAUUCACCUCUCCAACUAUGGCUUCAUGUGGGGAUGGAACGACUGGGCGCCUGACAUGGACGUCUCGGACAAGCACCCGAAGCGUGUCUUUGUCAAGCGCACGAUGGACCUCGAGAUUCGCCUCAGCUACUUCGACCGCGUCAAGAACACGAUUCCCGGCUCAAUGCUCGACGCCGGCGUCUUCCCGGACGAUGCGCCUGGACCCGACUAUGCCUACGAGGACCCUGAGCACAUCCACAACGCCGCCGCCACGUCGUUCCUCCGCAUGGUCCGCGCCAAGGCGCCCAUCAGCGAGGCGACAGAGGAGCUCGACUCGUUCCAGAAGUCGCUCGAGACGGAGCACAACAUGACUGCCGAGGCAGCCGAGAACGUCAAGCGCGACAUGGCCGUCCAGACGAUUCUCAACGUCGGCUCUCGCUCCUUCUCCCACUUCCUCAACGCCCUCGAGCGGUACCUCACCCUUCUCCGCAACCUCUCCUCCUCUCCUUCGGCGCGUCAGCACCUCCUCAACACCGUCGCCGCCUUCUGGAAGCGCCACCCGCAGUUCCACCUCAUCGUCCUCGACAAGCUGCUUCAGUACCGCCUUGUCGACACGCGCGACGUCAUCGCCUGGGUAUUUGCGCCGUCGGAGGAACAGGAGGGCUCGAAAACGAAGACCUGGAGCGACCCGGACCUGUGGCAGAUGGUCAAGAUCACGCUGAGGUCUGUGACGGGCCAGAUCGACUCGGCCAAGAUGCGUGUCGAGGGCUUGAAGCGCGAGGAGGAGAUGAAGGGUGCGGAAAACGACACGGGCAAGCAGGACGGCGAGGAUGUGCUCGAUGCGGAGGGUGACCUUCCCGUCCGCGACGCGCAAAACCCGGAGCUCGACUCGGCGAACUCGUACCUCGCCGAAGCGGAAGACGAGCAAGCUUCCGUGCUCGUCAACGUGCUCGGGCACUUUGCGAAGUUGCUUCCCGCCGAUGUCGACGAGGAGGACUGGGAAACCUGGUGGAUCAAGGGUUGGGUUCGCGAGUUCUGCCGUUCAUCGUUCUCCCACAAGGCUCUCACGUCGACCGUCGUCUCGGAGGGCAUCGACAAGCUCGACCUCGCGACGACAUCUCCCGCGACGAAGACGAUCCUCGACGCCGCCAAGGCGUGGCACAGCUUUGCGUAG